GCAUUAGCGUCUUGUCGCAGUGUGCUGUGGGCUGUGGCGAUGGUUGGUGCGUGCGUUGGAAGCCUGCUGCUCUGCCUGGAAACGUGGGAACGCUAUCAAGAGAGUCCAGUGGUGAUGUCGUUGGAGAGUUCCUAUAUCAAUUGGAAGUACUUUCUGCCCUCUGUAAUUGUCUGUCCAGAAAACAAAUCUGAUUCCCUUUCUACGAUUAGCGUUGCUCAGAGACUGAUGGGAAGUGGAUCCCUUGGAGCAGCCGCCGAGCAAGAACGUGUGCAAAGUUUCUUGGAAGCGUUGGCUGAUUCUACCUCAUAUUCGACAGCUGGCUUCCUCAACGAGUUUCAGAACAACACUGAAGGACUCCCUAAGCCAAAGGACUGGUUAGAGCUUGCAUUGCAGGUUCGAUGGAAUUUUACUUCCAUAUCACCAACAUCUAAAAUAGAGUCCGUAUUUGAAGUGGGUUUCUGCUUCGCAACUAAUUCUCAAGUUGCACAUUUCACAGCCGUAAAUAUCUCUUUGCGAGAUGACACACCGCCUCGGCCGCUCGUGAAAUCCGCAUACAGUGCAGAAGAGACGUUAAGAGAUUUUGGUUUCAACUCAGGCUUUUCGGACGUUUACUCGCUGCCGCGGCCGGGGCUGGCCACCGCCAGGGUGGGGCCCCUGAUGCGCGUGGAGGUGGUGCUGGAGGUGAGCCAGGUGUACGCCACGAGCGCCCUCGAGGAGCUGACGGUGAAGCAGCGGCGCUGCCGGUUCGCGGACGAGGUGGUGCCCGACAGCCCGCGCGCCACCUACUCCUACGACGUCUGCCUGGAGGCCUGCCGGGCGCGCCUCGCCCAGCGCUUCUGCAACUGCAGGCCCUUCUUCAUCAACUUCACGAACAUUCCAGUGUGUGAUAUUAAAGGAAUGGCAUGUAUCAGCGAAUAUUUGGAAAUUAUCAUGUGGCUAAGAAAUCGGACCUCAGGGAAAUUAAUGAACUGCAACUGCUACCCUGCCUGCGACCUAUACAUGUACCGCCAACUUGACAAAGAAGUUACUCAUACAGCUUCAACCUAUUUUCCACCUCGUUACGAUGUAUCAACUCGAAUCUACAAAAGGACCAGGAUCAAGAGAGAUGUUCUAUUUUCUAUUAUUGAUCUGGCCGCGGAAACUGUGCGAUUACAUCGCACAGAAAGGGAUUCUCAUACUACUGCUGCUUCUGCUGCUGCUCCUGAUGAUGAUGAUGAUGAUGAUGAAAUGAUAUAUCAAUGUUGA